GGAUAGUAAAGACUCUGCAAACGAGAAGAUAACACAAGUGAAGAGGAGGUCAAGAAGAAGGAGAGAUCUGAAACGAAAAAGAAGACAAGAACUGAAGAAACAAUCUUCUGUGUCAGAAAACGUAGAGGAUCCAUCAUCAUCUGAUGAUUCUCUAGGAACUUUCGCUGAGAAAUACGAAAGAGAAAAGGAACGAAAGAAAGUCACAAAUCCACAAGUUAGAGAUUCCAAAGCAACACCAACUGCUUCAUCUUCAACGGCUUUAUUUGAUGACCCCCUCAUGAAAGACUUUACAUCUUAUAUUGUGACAAGGAAUAAGUUGAAGAAAUUUUGUGGGAUGUCGGUUGUCAAGACAGGUGAAUAAGGAUUUGUCCUAUCAUGGAUCAAUACAAGAGAAAAAGAAAAUAUUGCACAAAAUGCAAGGAGGAAUUUUCGAACAGAUAUUUUAAAAGACAUUUGUGUAAAGAUAGUAAUUCUACAAAUGUGGAGGAAGCCAGAGAUUAUGAACAAGUUCAUGAACCAAUGGCUGAAGAAAUGCCAUCUACUUCAACAAUGCCAUCUACUUCGACUGAAAAGGUAAUGGAGGCUGAUGAUACAUUUGAAUCGGACAAUGUUAUGGAUGAGGUUCCUACAGACUCUGAAAAAGGCACGGACAUAGAUGACGAAGAACUGGUUGAACUGUUUAUGCAGGACAGUGAAGGGGAAUCUGAGAUGCCAACAGAAACAGAUAAAAACCAUGAAUAUAUACAAAUUAUUUUAAAAUUAUUGUUUAGGUGGCAGGCAGUUUUUUUCAUUUCAGAUAUGGCGUUAUCAUUCAUUAUCGUGCUGAUCAAAUCAAUUUUUUAUCUUGGAUCAUUUUCUUCAUCAUUUAUUGCUGCUCUUUACAAAAGCUUUCCAUCAACACUGUAUCAGGCAAAUAGUUCAGUACGAUUUGAGAAAGACAAUUUCAAGAAAUAUGUUGUAUGUCCAAAAUGUUUUUCUUUGUAUGAUUUUUCUCAGUGUUUACAAAUUAUUGAGGGUGAAAAUGUGUCAAAAAAGUGUAGCAAUGUUGUCCAGCCAAAUCAUAAAUUAGCCAAUUUCAGAAAACCCUGUGGAGAAAUUCUUCUGAAAUCUGUCACAGUAAAUGGAAAGAUGACUUUUGUUGCUAAAAAAACAUACUGUUAUAAAAGUGUUAAAGACAGUAUUCAUAGGCUUGUGAAAAAGAGAGGUUUUGAAAACUUGUGUGAAAAGUGGCGUCAUCAAAUUUUUUCUGAAAAUGUGUUAAGUGAUGUUUAUGAUGGAAAUGUUUGGAAAGAAUUCAAUGGUUUGAAGUAUAAUUUUUUUACAGAACCUAAUAAUUUUGGACUUAUGUUAAAUGUUGAUUGGUUUCAACCUUUUAAAUAUUCAAAUUACUCAGUAGGUGCCAUAUAUUUGUCAAUUUUAAAUUUGCCACGAGAAGAAAGAUUCAAAAGAAACAACAUUAUUUUGGUAGGACUAAUACCUGACUGUAAAACUGAACCCCCAACAAAUACAUUUUUACAACCUCUUGUAGAAGAACUGCAGGAAGCAUGGGAGGGUUUCCAUUUAGAUAGUUAUAUGUCUCCUUCAGAUCCUGUUAGGUUUAGGUUGGCACUUCUGUGUGUGGGUUGUGAUGUCCCAGCAAGCAGAAAGCUUUGUGGCUUUUUAGGUCAUUCUGCUACUAUGGGAUGUAACAAAUGCAUGAAGCGAUUUGAAGGACUAAUUGGUCAGAAAAAUUAUGGGGGGUUUAAUGUGAAGGAAUGGGUUGAACGGGAUAAAGAUUCUCAUAUGAAGAUGGUGAAGGGAAUUAUGAAGUCAAAAACCAAAACAAAAAGAGAGGAGCUAGAAAAAAAAUAUGGAGUUAGAUAUUCUGUACUCUUAGAACUAGAAUACUUUGAUCCUAUUCGUAUGACAAUCAUUGACCCAAUGCAUAAUUUGUUUUUAGGAACAGCAAAACAAAGUAUCAAUGUAUUUGGAAAUAUUAUUGGAACCAAACGAGGUAGAAGCAAUCGAUCCUCUAUGAUAAUCGCUCACUGGUAUGGCGAGAAUGGACAGAUAUCUUCAUUUGAGAACAUGGAUCUUAAACCUAGGCCUGGACAAAUGUCACACAAUGAAUUCAAAAUUCCAACGAUGCCAGUACAGUGCCAACUACAAAAAAUUGUAGUGGCUCUUCACAGAUGUAGACAUAACAUGAACAAAAGUGCUCUUGCGAUACAAAUCUGGGAAAACGCUGACCAAAAAAAGGAAAUCAAAGAAGAAACAGUAGAGCUUCAGAGACUCAUUGAAAUUGAAUUAAACUCCAUAAUCAAUCUAGCAAGUAAUGCAAAAGCAGAAUCUUCAAUUGUACACAACAAACUCAGAGAAUUACAAAGCAAAGUUGCUCAUCUUGAAGAAGAAAUAAAAGACAAACACAAACAAUGCGAAUUUCUACAGCAGCAAGUUGAUGAACUCAACUUUAAAGACAUUGAAGCAGAGAUGAUUUCAGCGCCCAAACAGCAAUUGCAAUCCAAAUCUGAUCAAAAAAAUGAAGUCAACUUCAAAGAAAUUGAAGAAGAGAUGGUUUCAGAACCAAAUGAACAGUUGCAAUCCAAAACUGAUGAUAAAAAUUUGAAGGAGUUUUAA